AUGGAUUCGUGGGCGGCAACGGCGCGGAUGGCCGUAAUCUUAUUGGCGCGCAACCGCCACACCCAGGCCAGUUCCACAGAUCAGAAGGGUGUGGUCCGCUCUUCCUCCCUUGAUGAGUUGGAUGGCCUGGACGGCAAUGUGUGGGUAAGGUUAUUUGAGAGGUGGGGUUUUAGGGUCUCGUUGCAGCUGUGGCCGGCUUUCAUCGCAUGCCAUGACGAUGCGGAGGGUUGCGAGCGACAUUUUGGCGGGGUUUUGUAG